CCGGCGCUUCCCGAGCAGAAGCGGAAGCGGCGGCGGGCGGGGAGCGGCCGCGGGUCGCGCGCUGCGGUGUGCCCGGCCCGGCUGCCAUGAGCCUGCUGCACAGCGACAGCAGCUGCGGAGCCCGCGACGGGGACAGCGGCUGCUGCGCGGCCAUGGCCAAGGAGGAGAGCUGCAGCACGGCCAGCGCCAGCGGCUCCGCCGGCGGCUCCUUCGCCGACGAGACGCAGGGCUACGACGUGGAGUUCGACCCGCCCCUGGAGAGCAAGUACGAGUGUCCCAUCUGCCUGAUGGCGCUCCGGGAGGCGGUGCAGACCCCCUGCGGCCACCGCUUCUGCAAGGGCUGCAUUGUCAAAUCCAUCAGAGAUGCAGGUCACAAAUGUCCUGUAGACAAUGAAAUUCUUCUUGAAAAUCAACUUUUUCCUGACAACUUUGCCAAACGGGAAAUCCUUUCAUUAAUGGUCAAGUGUCCCAACAAGGGCUGCAGCAUGAAGAUGGAGCUCAGGCACUUAGAGGACCACCAGCUGCAGUGUGAUUUUUCCACUGUGGAAUGCCCUCAGUGCCAAGGAGCUUUCCCAAAGAACCAUCUGAAGGAGCACAUGACCCAAGAGUGUCCAAGGCGUCAAGUGUGUUGCCCAAACUGUGCCACAUCUAUGGCCUAUGAAGAUAAAGAGCUUCAUGACCAAACCUGCCCACUUGCCAAUGUAUAUUGUGAAUAUUGCAACACAGUGCUCAUCAGAGAGCAGAUGCCUAACCAUUAUGACAAUGAUUGUCCUACUGCCCCAGUGCCAUGUUUUUACAGUGCCUUUGGGUGUCCUGAAAAGAUGCAAAGGAAUGAACUGGCACGACACAUGCAGGAGUUCACUCAGGUUCACAUGAGGAUGAUGGCUCAGAGUUUCCAGAAUAUCAGUGUUACUGCUGCAAAUCCUGUACCCUUCAUCAAUGGCCUACCUUUUGAGCCUGCUCUCUUCUCACACGUGUCACAUGCUGCAUAUGACUGCAAUCCAGAAGUUGAAAACUUCAAGGAAACCAUUCAGCAGUUGGAAGGUCGUCUGGUAAGACAAGAUCACCAAAUCAGGGAACUCAUUGCUAAAAUGGAGACUCAGAACACUCACAUGGCAGAACUCAAGCGUACCAUCCGAAGCUUGGAGGGAAAGAUUACCGAAAUGGAGGCGCAGCAAUGCAAUGGUAUUUAUAUCUGGAAGAUUGAGAACUUCAGCGGGCUGCAGAGAGCCCAGGAAGAAGAGAGACCCGUGGUGAUGCACAGUCCUGGCUUCUAUACAGGGAGGCCUGGCUACAAGCUGUGCUUGCGCCUGCAUAUCCAGUUACCAAACGCUCAGCGCUGCGCUAAUUUUAUCUCUCUGUUUGUCCACACUAUGCAAGGGGAGUAUGACAGCCACCUGCCCUGGCCUUUCCAAGGCACCAUACGACUUUCUAUUUUGGAUCAAUCAGAAGGCCCAGAAAGGCAGAACCACGAAGAGGUGAUGGAAGCCAAGCCAGAGCUGCUGGCCUUCCAGAGACCGACAAUCCACCGCAAUCCCAAAGGUUUUGGUUACGUGACUUUCAUGCACCUGCAGAGCUUGAAGCAGAGAGCCUUCGUCAAGGACGACACGCUGCUGGUGCGCUGCGAGGUGCUGACGCGCCUGGACCUGAACAGCGCCCGCAGAGAGGGGUUCCAGCCCCGCAGCACCGACGGAGCCGUGUAGCCUGCCAUCCUCCCACAGCACAGGGCCUUUCUCAUGUCUGAGCAUCACAGGUGCUGUGACUGUAAAGGACCACAGUUGGUGAUCUUCACCUGAACGGAACUCUGUUGUUGCUGGUAUGUUUUUUCUCCUAUAUGAGCUCAUAUGUUUAAAUAUUUGGUAAGGUUCUCUCUGAAAAUAAGCUACUUCUGUAGCAGGCUAACUAAAUGAAGUGUUAAUCAAAACUUUACUGCCUACAAGAAAGUCCUAUUGCAGAACCUGUGCAUCUCAGAUUGGUAAAACUUCAGUCAUGUCGAGGAGACCAGUAAGUCUUUUCACCUCAGUGCCUUGGAAUAGAUGCUGUUGCAAGGAAGGAGCAAAAUUAAUAAAGAUGAGGGAUUUUUUUCAUUUGUUUUUUCACAGAGCUUGGGAAAGUUGAGAGAAUUUCUGUAUUAACUUAUCUAGAAUUUUGCAUUGGCUAUGUGUCUCUUGAAGUUUGAAGUCAGGGUUAAGACUUUGUUCAGGUCACCAAGGGUUCAGGCAUGCUUUGACCCUUUCCUUCUUCAGGAAGUUGUAUGUUGAUGCAGAGUUGAUGUUGGUGUUUCCAAAAGGUAUGAGGUAGUGUUGUGGAGAAGGCUAAAUGACUCUGAGCAGAAUUUGUAAUGUGGUCUGAAGGUGCCUCCCUAAUUCUCUUUAUUUUAAAAAAUCUUUUCUGUAAGUGUGUGGUCUAGGCCCAGAAUGUCAACCACAAUCAUCAAGAGAUAUAAAAGUUCAGCAUUUGAAUGAAAUCCCUUUGUGCUGGUGGGAUCUGCUAGUGCUGGACACGUUUCAGGUUCUGAGUGCACACAUGAGCAAAGGGAUGUACUAAACAGAGAGGGUGAUGCAGAACUUGUUUAACUGCUGUUGAAACCCGAAUUUGUGCCAAAGCUGAACUUGUGACCUGCAUCUGUUCAAGUGAUCUCUUGGUGUUGUGGGUGAUGUACCAAGUCAUCCCCUGUGAAUUCUCCAUGGCAGCUGGCCAUACCAGCAUCCAGCUGCUUGGGGUAUUUCCUGUCCUUUUAUACAGUAGGAACUGGGCCAACUCAGCAAUUUGGAUGGUAAGGAAAGCCUAUUAAUUCAGCAGUGUGAGGAAAAAUUGUAAUCCUGUUUGCUUUUAGGAACAAAAUCUGGCUGCCAUUGUUACUCAUUUAUCAAACACUAGAUUCACUGUGUCAAAGAUUCAUGAGGUUCCUAAUGAUGUGUGUAUUGCUGUUUUCUGUACUGACUGAUUGUAUGCCAUGUUAGUUUUGACCAGUCAAAGCUGAAUAGUUCAAGUUCACUGGUGCUAAAAUUUUUAUCUUUCAUGGUGCUGAUAAAAUUCUGAAUCUUGUCUUUAGGAGGGAAGAAAAAAGUUUUGUUCACCCCAUAACCUAAGUACAUGUUCAGAUACUGAAGAAAACUAAACAGUGCAUGGGCUUAUGUGUAUCAUUUAUGCAAGCUAGUGAAACAACCUAAAGACUAGAGACACUGCAGCUUAUGAGAUAGUGAAGAGUGUUCCAACUAUUUGGCCUCAUCAAAGCAAUACCAGUGGGGAAAGGGCACAUUGCUUAAUAUAAACAAGACUAAAGAAAUGCUUUAGUGGUUUGAGAGGGACUCUGCUUGCCUGCAUGAGAGGUAAAAAGAUCCAGGACCCAACCUUCCACUUUGUUCAACAUAGCCAGAUUAGUAAAAUUUCUUCUGCAAGUAGAACCUAUCAGAUGGAAGAGGAGGGACUGUGUUCAGUGGAGUAUUGUCACUACUGAAACAUGAACUUCCUGGUUAAUGGUAAAUGCAGUUAGUUGUUGGUGACUUUAGUAUAUUCUCUGUCAUUAGGGGAUAGGUGAGCAUAUGUUUCUGAAAAUAGGGAAAGAUCUCAGCUUUAAAACCAAAAAUAGAUUUCAUAAUGAAUAGCCUCAUCCUAUCAGCUGAAUUGUUCUGGAAUGUCUUCAGAUGGAGCAUUCCCAGUGAAGCCAUUCUUAACCAAGAGCUGUCAAUGUCCAUGGCAUUGCACAGAGCCAUCUGCACAGAAGGCACUGUACAGGAGUUCUCCAUUUUCAGGCUGUGUUACCUAUUCAUGUUUUCUCAAUAUGCUCAAAAACUGCCAUUCUCUUUUGUUCCCCUUCUUGUUUUUUGGGGAGCAGGAGGGGAAGGAGGGGGAGGCAGUCAGAUAAAACACUUGUCAUUUGAGAGCUUCUUCCUGUUCCAGGUUGUUCCUCAAGCCUAGCAAUAAAAAAAAUGUCCUUAUUCUCUGUUCAAAUCAUUUAUGCUCAAGACCCACUAAAUGCAUUAACACUUUCUUUGCUUUUGAAGAUUUGCAUUCUGAAUGGAAUUUUUGCUUUGAGCCUUGUCUGCUAGAUAUGAUGUACUUCUGCCUCUGAGGAGGAAACUCCCUGUGGUGGCAGGGUUUAAAUGAUUCAGGUUAAAAUUGUACAAUAGCACAAGCCAAUAGGGAAUAGAAGGCUACUGCAUGUAUAAUUCUGUAUUGGCCACAGUAAUAUGGAUGCUUUAUUCAUUGCUGCUAUUCUACUGGUUUUGUAUUUUUAUAUUGGCAACUAGAACUCUGUGUGAUGUCAAAUUACUGUAAUGUCAGAGUAUCACAUGAGAGACUGUCAGAGCUAAAAUCUAGGUAUCAGUUAAAUCUUACAGUCAUAAAACGAUUAUAAAUGUUAACAAAAUAUUUAUUCAUGUACUUGUUCCAUUUUCCUCUUUCCCCUUUCUUCAAAUCUCUUCUUUUGAGAACUUGUUUUACCAUGGUGGAUUGAGGUAUAAUUGCUAGAACUAUUUAAAUGGAAGAAGAAAGGUCUGCAGCAUUGAGUUGUCUCUAAAUCAGAGAAAUAUUUUAAUUAAUCCACGUCCUGUGUAACUUGUUCACCAAUGGGGUUUCAUUCUGUAACUCUGCUUUGCAGCAUUACUAGAUCUCAAGGUGGUUUAAAAAGUGGCUUAGCUUCUUUUAUCUUCCAAAUUUCUGUUCUCUUUGUAUGUGUAUUUGCAAAGCUGCUAUGGCACAAAUUUCCCAAUUAUAAUAUAUUAUGAACAUGUUAUCUCUUUGCCUCUGAAUGUCUUCCCCUGCAGGGCAGGGAAAAUUAUUUUGCUAAAAAUGUUGGUAUGUAAUGUAUAUGUGGGAGCUCAGAUAAUGUGAGAUGUAUAGAGUUGUUUUUUAAGCGGUCUCAUGCUAUGUCUGGUCAUGUUUGCUAUCAAGGGAUUAAACUUGCUUAUGAAGUGAAAUCAGGGUGACCUUUCUAUUCUUAUUUAGAGAUGGCAGCAGACCAAAUACAUUGCUGAUGGAUGCAAAAGUUUAUUCUGUCUCAAUGUUAAAGGUUUGUAUUGGUUUGCAUUGGAACAAAUGAAAGUAUUCCUGUUCCCUUGGGUGAAUUGAUUGAUAGUUUAAUAUAUUUUGUAAUUAAUGCACAGCUAUGUUUCUGACAGAACUUCAAAAAAUAAACUAAUUAAACUGUG